GGACACGGUAGGAGGAGCCACCGUGUCGUCGUCGUUGGCGCCAGGUAAACGGCGAUCCUGGGCCCGGCCGUGGCACUCGGUCGCUUAGUAUCGCGCCGACUCUCGAGUAAAUAUCUUCUUGUUCCUUUUUUUUUUCGGGAUCCCUUUCUCUCCCUCUCGCCGUUCUCCGGACCGCACUCGCGGACUUUCGUCAUCGCACACACGCUUUCGCUUCCCGCACGUAGGUCCCGGAUUCGAAACAAACGGAGACCUAUGUGGAUCUCGCGAGCGAGGCGUCGAUCGCCCACGAUCGAUCAUUCCUGAAGUGACGAUCUCUUUUUCGGAGUUUUCGGAGUCGACCGGUUCUAUUUUCGCCUUUGACGCUCGAAGGUGCGGGAGGAGACGCGCAGAUGGAGACGAAAACGGAGCCGCUGACGCCGCCGCAGACGCCGCCGACGAUCGACAGAUCGAUGCAUCAGCAUCAGCAUCAACAGCAACAGCAACAUCCGCAGCAACAUCCGCAGCAACAGCAUGUGGUUUUCUCAACCUCGAAAUGGGUCAAAUCGAACUUCCUCAACGGCAGAUAUAUCCAGCCGCAACACAUCCAGCCAACGCAUAGUGCCAGCAACUAUCAAGCAGCUCUCAUCGGUAAUUGGCUGAAGGAAACGUCGGCCCUGCUGACGUUUCGGGGUUGCUGCCCCCAGCGGCCUUAUCUCUGCUAUCAGGGUCAUCCGGGGGUAUUUCCGGUACCGCCGCCGCCGCAGCCGCCGUCGUUUCUCGCGCGAAGAUCGACGGGUCAGAGACCCAAGAAACAGUUCAUCUGCAAGUUCUGCAAUCGGCAGUUCACGAAGAGCUACAACCUGCUGAUUCACGAGAGGACGCACACCGACGAGCGACCGUACUCGUGCGACAUAUGCGGGAAAGCCUUCCGCAGGCAGGAUCAUCUGAGGGAUCAUCGAUAUAUACACAGUAAGGAGAAGCCGUUCAAAUGCAACGAGUGUGGUAAAGGAUUUUGCCAAAGCAGGACUCUAGCGGUUCAUAAAGUCAUGCACAUGGAGGAAUCGCCGCACAAGUGCACGAUAUGCGGCAAGAGCUUCAAUCAGAGGAGUAACCUAAAGUCGCAUCUCAUGACGCACGAGGUUCCGCAAGACCUCAGGAUCGAGACCUCGGCGUCGUCGGAUUCAAGGAUCAUGUCGUCAGAGGUCAGACAAAUGGCAGAGCGGGUGAGCGGUCUCCUGCCAAUACCGAAGAACAGUACGCACAAGCUCGGCUUCACUAUAGAGGACAUUAUGAGACGUUAGAGACUAUAGCUCUUUCUAAUUUUUAAUCUGCGUGCACUUUACCUCUGCGUUUGCUUUGUAUCACAUUUUCUUAUUUUUCGCGCGUUAAAAUCUAUUAUGUACUUUAUUAUUAUUGGAAUAAUAAUAAAGUGUAUAAUAGUUGGAAACUUUAUUAUUAUAAUAAUUGUAUAUAAUUUGUGCACUCUUCUAGCACCAACUGGAUUGGCUUCAAGAGUGCCGAGAGAAAUAAUCGGUAAUGAUUUUUCAUGUUUUACACGAUUCAAUAAGCGAAUUUAGUUAUAAUUUAGCUGCCUUUCUGUUGAUGCCCAUUCUUUUCUCUUUCCUUGGACCGCUCGUUAUUUUAACGAGCUCUUUCUAAAGUACGUGACGCUUUGCCUCAAAGAACCUACAAUGAAUAUAAAAAGAAUAUACUUUCUAAAUGCUGAACUAUUAUCGAAACUUUUUUCCUUUUUGAAUAAUUGUUAUAUUUCUAACAAUUAAAAAAUUUCUAUAAUUAAUUAUAUAUAUUUUCUUACAAGAAUUUCUAUAAUAAUUAUACUUUAUUUUAAACUGUUGGCCCGUCAAUUGCAAUCGUACUAAAUUUCGACAAUUAAUUGCGCGAAUUAAUUGCGCGAACUUUUUCGUAUUUAUAUUAUACAGUAAAUAAAAUUAUAAUUAUAUAAUAGUAUAAUUAUAAUUAUAUUUAUAGCAUUUAUUAUAUGUGCCAGUUCUUGAGGCAAAGUAUCGCAAGACUUUUCUUUAUACCUGCAUAUCAAACGCCACCAGUAUAGAGGAGAGUGCAUCAAUAUGAAAGUUGGCUCAAAAGUUGUAACUAAUUCGGAUCACUAUUUUGUAUUAAUUACACAAUUGUCAUAAUUAUGCAAAAUAAUCGCUAAUUUAUAUUUCAAUUCUGUAAGAAAGCUUACUUUUGGAAAUAUAAUAAUAGAAUCAUUUAGUUUUUCGAUUCAGCACUUUGUUUUUUCUACAAGUAUUAUUUCUUCUUUUUUUGUACAUGAGCAAACUGAAAAUACGUAGGCAAACUGCAUUUGUUGAUAGACCGACAUUCUUCGAAAUUAAUUCAAAAUGGAUGACACGCAACUACAACAUGACACUGUAAUUACAAAGAGCAAAAUUACAACUUUGAAGUUUAAACAAACACACAUUACAAUGAAAUAGCUAAUAUUAACGGCGUUAGUAAUGACACAAAACUAGCAACGAUAGGCUCUUGUUCGCAGUUUUAUGCAAUAGCACGGUACUUUAAACAGAGACGUUGCAGACUACUAUCAAAUACAAUUAAAAGAUAUUAACUUGAUAUAAUUUGCGUUUGCUCUUAGAGAGUCUGUUAUGUCUAGUCAGAAUUAAAAUUUUUCUAAAAUUAUCUUCCUCGCGUAUCUCGUUUCUCCCACAGAGUAGAUUACGUGAACAAGAUUGUUUCAAGAGAACUGUUGUUGCGCGUAUUAAUGUAAAUUUUCUAUUUUAAUACAUGCAAAAAAGAUUUUUGUUUUAUUAUGUGCACGCAGAUUUUCGUGUGUAUAUUCUUCUCUUUGUAAAUAUGCUUUGCAAAAAUAUUUAUAUUACAUCGUAAACGCAUAUGAGUAAUAUUAUAUUUAUAUUUUAAAUGUAUAAUUAAUAUUAUAUUUAUAUUACAUCGUAAAUAUUAUAAAUAUAAUUAAUUAUAUUUAUCUUGCAUAUUUAUAGCGAAUAUUUAUACUACGUUUAAGAGUAAGUCUUGUGCAUAUUCAUCGAAUCUUUUGAUUCUUAUAAGAGAAUUGUAUAUGCGUUUAUGUGCAUAAUGUUCCACGAAUAAUACCUUUUCGAAGAUGCGACAAAAUUCAGAGGCAAAAAAUUGCACCAUGAUAAGACACUUUGUCGUAAAACAACGAUGGUAUGUAAAUCUUUUGCGUCAACCCAUACAGCACACCUUUAUCCAAAGGAUAAGAGACGCACGGACGUCCUUCGAAUGUCGUACGGACGUCCUUUAGAAACGUCUGUGCCGUGUGGGAAGUGGAACGGUCUGUAUAUGUUUCUAGAUAUAACGUUAUAUUAUUAGAUGCUGUAAACUCAUAGUUCACACACGAAAACAGUAUUCACUGCACGUCGAGUCGAACUUUUACCGCGCGCAUUUCAAUUACUAUUUUCUCUGACUUACGAUGCUGCUGCUCUGCCGGUGCAUUUCACUUUUCCCAUUAGGUAUCAGUACCGCACAGAUCUCGCGUGUACGAUCGUUGUCAGUCGAGGAUACUCCGACGUUUGUCAACAUUAUUUAUUCUCGUCGUAUAUCGAGAGAAAUCUUGGAUUCCACUCUUUCCAUGCGCGCGAGCGCAACGGAGUCUCUUCUUUUUUUCUUCUUGUUCCUUGACGAUUCAAUACAACCAAAUGCACAAAAUCUCGAUUAAGAACCAUGAACUGCUCAAUCAGCAAAGAACGUUUUUUAAAUGUUUUUUUUUUUAAUAUUUAAAAAACAUUGUUUGCUGAUUGGGUGACAGAUGAGAAUAUGAUCGUUCGAAGUUGAACGCUCGACUUCUUAUUUAACGUAACUCACGUAUCUCUAUGUCACAACGUUCCGUAAAUCUUUCGUGUCAUACGUCUCGCUCUCAAGUAACGCACAAUAUCGCAGUCACAUCAAAUUGACGUAAAAAAAAUUCAGCGAAAUUUUCGUCAAAAUUUCAGUAAAAUGACAUCAUUUUGAUUUCACCGUGAAAAUCGAGUGUUUCUUGGACAUUUGAACGCAUGAUGCGUCGUGAAUGCAUGUUGGAUUAGAAACGAGGAAUAGUCGUGAAAAACGAUACAAAUUUAAUUACGCGUAAAUCACAGUGGUACCGCGCGCGAGAAGAUCGUCCGAAAGUUUCACCAGGUUUCAAAAGCGUACGGUAUCCAGUUCUUAAAGUGCAUUCACGAUUCGGCCACGAGGCGUCGAGAUAAUUAAUCGUUCCUCGACGAGACAAGGAUCUGUGCCGGGAGGGUGCGACCUUACCGUACCUGUCGUGUAUAUCGACGGUGUUAAUCGAGUCUCUCCGGCCGCUAGAUAUCUCUCCGUUUCCCGUAAAAUUAGAAAUUUAGAUCAGAUAAGGGCGAGAGAAGGGAGUAGGAGGACAUUUCCUGGCCGGUUAGCCGCGCCACCUUUCCCUUCGAUGCCACCGGCGACCCAUGGACGGUCCCACAGAUUUCUUUUUCUUUUAAUCUAGAAAAAGAUACUGCUGUGUAUGCCAUCCGUAGACCACCCACGUCUUUCACGUACAGGGUGUAUACGGAACUUUCACAAUUUUUCUCACAUUUCUCUCUUACAUACAUUGUUCGAUAAAUUUGGAAUUUUUCCAGGCAUUAGAAAAAUUUGAUGGGAGAAAUGGCUUUUUUCAAUAUUUAAUAUCGACGAUUGGUUAAAAAAAAAAAUUAAAAUUUUAUAUGGAUAUAAGUUGAUUAUAUUCAGUUACUAUAUUAAAUAUUCUUAACAGAGUUUUGAAAUCGAAACAUUAAAUAUUAACAGUUAAAAUUAUGUGAACGGCAAUGACUAAAAUCUUGUUGAAUUCUAGCUAAAAAGAUCGAGCCUAAAUUCGUCAAAAGAUACAUAUAGCAAUGAGAAAAUACUCGGCACACCCUGUAUAUUCGAUUUCGACUUGAUUCUUUCUUUCUGAAUUUCAUUUAACGCGCGUGUUUUCCAGUUUCGACCCGCACGUUGAGUUACCACUAAUUUAAGAUCGUUGUAAAUAUUUAUAUUCGUGUAGAUAAUCUGUCUGUAGGUGUGAACUGUCUUCUUCAGUCGUGUAGUUUCGCGUCGUUCUCCGGUCCGAUGAAGUCACUUGUGCUCUUAUCGGCGCGCUGAAUGUAUAGAAGCGCAUUUAAACGACUCUAAAUAUUAUCGGACUCAGCGCGGUUAUCUGUUAUUGUAUUUACUUGAUCAUACCAAAUAGAAUGAGAGGAACAAGAGAAUACCUCACGCUAGUCGUAAUGUACAUUUAAAUGUUGUUGUUAUUAAUUGAAAAUAAAAAUUAUUCCAAACGAAA